AUGGGUGAGAUCAUGAAUCAGCGGCUUACGCAGGAGUGCUUGACCACCACCGAGGGCGCGGGUUUCAAUGGCGAUGCUCCCGCGUGGUCCCCCACGCUGCUCAACCGCUUGUGCUGGGCGAUCGGCUCCAUCAGCGGGGCCAUGCCCGAAGCCGACGAGAAGCGGUUCUUGGUCUCUGUCAUCAAGGACUUGCUAGGCUUGUGCGAGAUGAAGAGGGGCAAGGAGAACAAAGCGGUCGUGGCCAGCAACAUCAUGUACGUCGUCGGCCAGUACCCACGGUUCUUGCGGGCCCACUGGAAGUUCUUGAAGACGGUCAUCUUCAAGCUGUUCGAGUUCAUGCACGAGACCUUCCCGGGCGUCCAGGAGAUGGCGGUGGACACGUUCCUGAAGAUUUGCCAGAAGUGCGCGAGGAAGUUCGUGGCCGUCCAGCAGGGCGAGAAGAGCGCGUUCGUGGAGGAGAUGAUGACCCACGUCGCCCAGGAUAUCUCUGAGCUCGAGCACCUGCAUGUCUGCACCUACUUCGAGGCAGUCGGCCACAUGAUAAGCGCCGCGGCCCCGAGUAACAAG